CCAAUAGUUAGGGCUCAACCUGAUUUGUUUUCUUACAUUGCAGGGAUUUGAGAAAGCUUGAAAUCCUACGACUGGAAUUUUCUCGGCUACCAAACAGAAAAGGGAUAGUAGAGUAAGACAACAAAAACCCUUGUUGAAAAAAUGGAAGAAAAUUCCCUAGCAAACGUAACAACACCAACAAACAGCAGCAACAAAACGACGCAGGAGCUAGCAGCAGAAGGCCUAAAACAUCUAGAAGAAACCAUCGAAGCAGCUUUCCAGAUCCUCUCUUCCAUGAACGACGAGCUUUGCAACCCUGCCUUGUGGUCCACCACUCUUUCUUCCACCAAUCCUACUAUCGCUUCUUCUGCUACUACUAACACUGCUGCGCCUAACGGUCCUUCUUCUCUCUCCAACGGCACUGGUUUAGGCAACGGUGAUUCGUCAUCCGAUGGAGGCCAUCACUUGGAGAUGGGUGGAAUUGGAGGUAGCGGCAAUAGUGCUCUCGAUGAGGCUCGCUUGAGGUAUAAGAACUCCGUCGCUUCUCUUCGCGCUGUGCUCGCUGCCAUUCCCAAUUCUCAAAAGGCAAAAGCAUUUGAAACAGGUUCAACUGCGAGUAGUCCUGCAGAUGAAGCAGAUAUUGAGAAGUUGGAAGAGCAAGCCUCUAAUCUCAGAAAGGACCUUGCAAACAAGAAUGAAUAUCUCAAGCGUCUAAUAGAUGAACUACGGGAGCUUAUUACAGACAUAUCUACUUGGCAAAGUCCAUGUUCCAUCUAAUUUUUGGAUGAGCAUCCGAGCCUGUUGCAUGAAAAGGGUGCCCUAGAAGGGGAACAUAAAUCCAGAUCACUGCAUUAAAUGAUGAUGCUACUGUGUUCAUGUCAGUCAUUCUAUCUAAUGUCAGUAUUAAUUCUAUCUAGAUCUCCGUCAUUGACAUUGAUCGGCACUUUGAUUUUGAGCUAUUGGAAUUUGCAAGGCGGAAAAAUGGUAUUGCCAAAAGGAAAAAACAAAAAAAA